GUACGAGCAUGGAAGGGUGUUAUCUUCUUGACGACAACCAAAUCGUGACCACGUGCUUCGACAAUGUUGUCCGAGUGUACGACGUCAAAUCAGGCAAGCUACUGCACCGGUUGACAGGCCACAAGACGUCGGUGACGUUAGCGCUAAGUGGCGUCACGCCCUACUUCCUGACGUAUGGCUCGCAUGCGGAAGAGAACUGCAUCUUCCUGUGGAACAAAGUCACGUGCUCUAGGGUCGCCACCUUCACGCUGGACGAGCGGGUCAAUACCAUCCACUGGAGCGAUGAUGGAACGUUUUUCUACACAACCAUAAAUGGCGUCUGGGAACAUAAGGUUGCUGAAGUCAUUACGUAGACUAUUCACCAUGGAAACGAACCCACAACGAGGCCUGAGGUUAAAAAAAGUCUCCAGAUAUAUUUAACCGAA